AUGAUAGUGUGGCCGCCAUGGCAGUUGGCAGAGUGUUGAGUUAAAGGCUUCGUCCUUGUUUGUUUUUUUCUCUCCUUGUCAUGAAGAACCGAUUGUCUUCUGAUCACAGCAAACAGUCAUGACUCAGAUUGAUACUUUAAGUGCACAGGUGGCCAGUAGCCGUGUGCUGUCGCCUGAUGCUAAAGUAUUCAUUCCACAGCAGUGCAAAAGUGCAACGGCUGCUGUUCUCGUUCCAAAGGAUACUUCUAUUAUAGCUCAAUCUUUUGAGACAAUCCCUGAUGCAAGUUCAAAACAUCCCAAUAGAAUGGCUGGUAGUUUCACUGCACUCGGAAUGCAUACUGGUGCAUCUCCUAUGCUGACAAAUGGUGAUGUUGGCAACUGGCAUGUAGCCAACCAAAUGACAGAUAACAAGGGUUAUUUUGUGAAAGGCAACCGAAAUGGCAAGAUGGACAAAUCUCAUCGUCCUCUCCAGAAACAAAUGGAUGAAUAUAUGUACAUGCCAGCUGGUGUCUCCAUCACAGCUCCUCAACCAACUCCAAUAUUGUACAACAGAGUUAAUUACUCCCCCACAGCCAGUUCUAGCUAUGUGUAUAUAUCCUACCCACCAAAUGCCAACUCUGCUUAUAAUUUUGCCCUUGGUCCUCCUCCACCACCACCACCGCCUCCUCUGCCACCUGCACAACUCAGCCAGUCAGCAACAGUCCAUGGCCCUUUGCCCCAGCCAAGGAAUCAGGCCCCAGUGCCAGCUCUACACAACAAUCCUUAUGGUAUGGAAGCAGCUCUGAUGUCUUCCAACUACCCGAAAAAUUCACCUGUCAAAGUCUACACACCAAACUUGCAGAAUUAUGAGGAAUGGCCUGAAAUGAAAUCAACCAAAAAUGCCCAAUCUUCAAAGAAAGUGAAUCAUGGAACUCAGAAAGAAAAGACUAAAUUGAAUUCUAAGGGACAUUUUAAAAAUGAAGCUUCUCAAAAGACUGUAAAACUAGCUGAAAUCGCAGUACAAACGGAUUUUUCUGCUGAGUUGGAAAACUUGACACUUUCUGAAAGGCCCAGCUCUUUGUUUUCUUUUAACAAGACCCGAAUCCGUAGUCAUUCGAACCAGUGGAUCAGUAAUUUGACUGACUCCGAAGAAAAGGACUCCGACAGUGGCUACAGCAGUCCACUACAUCGGCGCAAUGUCGUGUCAAACGGUACGCAUGUUGCUCCGGAAAGACUUGUACCCAACACUAAACAACCACCACCUCCUCCUGCUAUUGCAACUACUCCUACUACCACCACCACCACCACUCCUCCUCCUCCUCCUCCUCCUCCGACCACAACACAACCUACCAGUUUCAGUUAUGCUGCCAUUGCACAGAGACCAGCAAAAUCAACAUUAAGGAAUGAUUAUCCAGUAGGUGGCGCUGUGGCAAUACCAUCAGUGGAAUGUUCGACAAGUGAUAAUAAAAACCUGGAACCUAAAUCAGUUGAAGAAGUUGGCAAAAAAAGACAGAAACAGAAUCGUCGCAAGAAGAAGAAAGAUCGAGAUGUUAGCAAAGGGAGCAACUUUUCAAGCCCCGGUCAGACCCCGAGAUCAGGUUUGUCCAACUCUGUCUCAAUGGAUGACAUGGUAAUACAAGAUGAAGAUUUCUGUGAAUUACCUUCUAAUAAGGAACCUGUUGCCUCCUCUGCUCCAAGAAUGAAAUACUGUGAUAUCUUGAAAAAUAAUACUGUGAUAUAUGAAUCCACACUAAAUGAUGGAAAUGCAGAUGCUGGAAGUGGAAACAAAAAAGAUGGUCAUUUGACUCGGCGCUGGCAGAAGAGACAAGAAUUAGCGAACCGUGCUGCAGAGGAAGAACUUGCUGAAAUAUCACUGGAACAACAGAUGUUAAUACAACGCAAUAUUCCCAAGAAGAAGUCUGCUUCUGGCACCCCUCGAUCUGUGACACCCACCUCAACAUCCAAAGCAGGCAAAGCAGUGGGCAGCAUCAGUAAUUCUGGGAGGCUGUCUGUGGCACCCAAUGAAGUCAUUCAUCAUGCUGUGGCACCUGGCAAGAAAUCUAAACAACCAAUCUCGUUAGAUAUUAGUGCUAUGAUUGAUGCUCUUGAAAAACGAUUUAAAGAACCUCAACAAAAGAAGGAAGUUUUCAAAGAGAAAUCUGUAAAUAAACCAAUUGUUGGAAACAUCCUUGACAGUUCAGCUCCUGCAAAACGAGGCAAGGAAAGGGAGAUUACGAAAGCCAAGAAACCAAGUCCCUUGAAGAAGGUAAUUCUUAAGGAGCGUGAAGAAAAAAAACGACUCCGUUUGUUGGAGGUUGAUCCAACUGUCAGUGCUUUGGACAAUGAUCUGGCUUCCCCAAGUGUCCCUGUUGGCCUUGGUGUGGUAAAUGCUGAAAGUGAUUUGUCUCAAGAUGCUGCCAGUAUGAAAGGUGAUCAUGGAGGAGCUACGACACCAGCCAGUGCUGAUCUGUCUCCUGUCAGCCAAACGUCUCCCAUAAGCAUCAGUCCUCUAAGUUCAGGGGUCAAUAGUCCUAUUGCUGGAGCUACAGAAAAAGAUGUCAAUCCAGCAGUUCUUAAGAUCCACAGCAGGAGAUUUCGUGAAUACUGUAACCAGAUCCUUGACAAGGACAUAGAUGCUUGCUGUACCAUGUUGCUGCGGGAUCUAGUUUCAUUCCAAGAUAGACUUUACCAUAAAGAUCCAAUAAAGGCUAAAAUGCGGCGCCGUAUUGUUCUGGGCCUCAGAGAAGUUACUAAACACCUUAAGCUUAAGAAACUGAAAUGUGUUAUUAUUUCACCAAAUCUUGAGAAAAUUCAAUCGAAAGGUGGCCUUGAUGAUGCACUGAAUAAUAUCUUGAAUCUUUGUACUGACCAGAAUGUACCUUUUGUCUUUGCUCUGGGUCGUCGUGCUUUAGGACGAGCCUGUGCCAAAUUAGUACCUGUUAGUGUUGUUGGAAUAUUCAAUUAUGAAGGCUCUGAGGAGAAUUUCAGAAAAUUAAUGGAAUUAACAGAGAAAGCUCGUCAGUCGUACGUGGAAAUGGUUGCCAUGAUUGAAAAAGACAUUCAGGAAAAUGUACCUCAAAUCUACUCGAAUCCAACCCAAAUCUUUGCUCAUAUGGGCCAUUCCCGAACUCCUUCAGGUUGCAGUGGGAUUUCGUUUGCCAGCAGUAUUCUCUCUGAACCCAUCUCAGAAAAUUACCCACAGCUGGAACCUGAGACCGACAGUCGAGGAAAUGAGAUUGCCAAGAAAGAGAAAGAUUCUGAAAUGAAAAUAUCUCCACUUUGUUUUCACCAAAUAACUGCAUCUUCUGCAAUGGCUGAAAUCGAUGACGGCAACGAAGCCGACACAGAAGAUUCAAAUGAUACGGCGUGUGCUCGCAUUGGGAAUGGGAAUCUGGAAUUGUUGUCCUCUGGUUUUGAGCAAUGCGAUAGUGAAAACGAUGAUGAUGGUUUAAGUAAUAAUUUUACGUUACUACAAGAAGCACUGAAUGUGUUACCACACAUUGAUUCAAUUCAUUCUGUUGGGUACGAACUGAACACAGAGAUUCUCUCUCAACACUCUGUACGUACCGUUGGCGACACCAGCGAGGUGUUAUCAACCCAUUCUUCAAAAACCAUUGGUGAAGGAAGCUCCACUAUUGUGACAGAGACUUACUCUGAACAAGGACAUCUUGAUAAGACGACAAGUUGUGCCGACAGCUCCAUCAAUUUGACUCGAGUGAAAGCUGUAGAAAAAGACAAACUGAUCCAAGAUUGGGUUAAAGCAUCUCAGUGCUGUCUGGAAGAAGGUGGCAGCAGUGAUCAGGAAACGGCAAAAGAGGACAGCUGCGAGAGCAGUGGAAGUUCAAAAGAUUCCACAGUCUUGCCAACUCUUUCUUCAUCACCGUCGGCAACGUUAUUGAAGAUGAGCAGCAAUUUAUCCCUUGAAACUGUUGCCUCAGCAAGCAGCACGACGCUGACAACAAGCAACCCACCUUCAAAGACUGUCCCCAAUGAAACCAGUAACACAGUUGUAUCACCAGCCGAUGGAACUGUGCAGAUUUCUAACUUCUUUUAAUUAAGGAUCUGCUAAAUUUUUUUCUCUCAUGAUAUUCUAUUUAUUUACCUUUACUCAUCAUUUCCCACCAAAUCAGUUUAAGUAAAAAGCUUAUUCCAAAAUACAAACAAGUAUUCUUAUGGAAACAAUUUAAAAGCUUUUUUUUUUUCUGUUGUUGAUUUCACUUUUUUUUUUCCAAAAUGAUAAAUUAUAUCACAAAUGUUCCUUCAUAGAAAAUGUUUUUAUAUUAAUUUUUUUUUUCUUUUUGCAUUUUUGUUACUAAACCAUUUUUCUAUGGAAAGUGUAUUAUAUAUUAAGGUAUCUGUUAUCAAAGACUUGCUCACCUGUAUACUCAGCCAAACUCUUUAGCAAUUUCAUUUUAUUUAAAACAAAAACAGCAUCAUUAAUGAGAAUAACAAGACCUAUCUGCAUAAUUAUACAAUAAGUAAAUUUUGUUUAUAAUUAAUUUACUGAAUAGUUUGAAAUUAUAUUCUUUCUUUCAUUUACAGAAUUCCUUUCAUUAAGAAUAAUAAUGAGAUUUUAUUAUAUUUGGGGUCGGUCAUUUUCUUUCUGUUUUUGCCAAUUAAACGCCAUGCUCUGUCUAUUUGAAUCUUCACUUUAGCUUUUUUUUAUCAGACAUUUUGUGACCCUUUCAAGGACUAUCUGUUCCUCGUAUCCCCCUCAGAGAGAGGAGUAUAGACGUAAGAAGAAAAUCACAGAAGCAGUCACAGAAUGUGUGAAAGAAUUCCAGUGGAAAAGCCAGAAUGGAGACGAACCAAACAGUCUGUGGGUUGAAUUGGCCGAAAAGAAAAUGAUUGUCCCCAGGCAUAACAAAACCCGUUUCAAAACAGGAUUUCACAUCAACAUUGCAAAACAAAUACAGAAACUUUAAUAAUAAUAAUAAUAAUAUGGUUAUUAGCAUAAAUUCUCUAAAACAAACUUGUAAAUGUAAGUAAUUAUUUUUCAUCUUAGUGUUUAAUUUAAUUAGGAUUUCAUUAAAAAAAAAACUUUUUUGAACUAUUAAUUAAAUUUUGUAUCAACGUAAAUAUUGGACAAACUUUGCUAACACUGUAGUGUCUUGUGAUAUUCUAUCAGGCUCUUUUGUGGCAGAGGGAAAUGAAAAAAUAAAUGGUUUGUGUUUAGGUGUGGGACAAAUAUGUAAACUUCCAUGACCUGGUUUCACUUUCUGCUUGAAACCAUCUUUUACAUUGCUAAUAACAUUUAAAAUUAAUGUUAUUUCAUUUGUUUUCCUUCUUUAUGAAUUUGUAAUCAUGUGAAGAUGCUAGAAACCAGCAGCUUAUAUUAAAUCUCUCUCCCUCUCGAAACAACUUCUAUUUUUUCAUGAUAUUCAGAAGUCUCAGAAUUCACAAAAUUAGCCUGCUGUCAGCUAAAAAGCAUAAACAUCUAAUUUGGUAUUUUAUUUCUAAUUGUUUUCCUUUUAGAGAUUGCUUUCAUGUAAGAGGAAUAUUAUUGGGGUUUAUUAUUUAAAUUUCACUUGAAAUAACUUGAGGGUUAAUCUUUGUUUCCCACGUAAAAUCUACAAGAUUGUUGUUAUAAUUUCCAACAAAGAACCUUUGAUUGCAUGACAGUGUUAAUAACCAUUGCAAUAGGUACGACCAAAGAUUAAUAUUUAAAUCUCAUCAACAGACAUAGCAUUCUGAAAGCUGAGUAUAACAGUAUUAAAUCGGGAUGAGUUUACCAUCAUUUUGAAAUGGAAUUAUGUUAUUUCUAUGGGAUAUUUCUGCAGAAAAUGGACACAUUUUGACAUUUCAUUUUACAAGUUUUUUUCUUUUUUUUCUAUUAGUGGGAAUUAUCAAUAUCUAGCUGGAUGUUGCUGUAACAUCACAUUACAGGGCUAAUUGUAUUGCUACUCAAAUAUAAAACACACACAUAUAUAUAUAUGUAUAGCAAGAGAUGAAGUGCAGAUCUCUUUAAGGUAUUUUUAGGAAAUGGGAAUAAAAUUUAGUUUUACGAUUAGGCAAUGUGUGACGUGUUUCAGUCUACGAUGUGUUAUAGAUGACAUCUAAGCAAACAAAGAGCAAAACUAAAACACCAAGAGAAAUUCAAUUUGUUGACAAUGACAUGGAUAUCUUUUGAUGUUAGCACAAUUGGGGGGGGGGGGGGCGAUUUGUUUUUCUUUCCAAUAGAUUGAUCCAUACCAAAAUAUUGACUUUCAAAUGUUCUAAAAUGACUGAUUUCUUUAUUGAGCAUUGCAGUCUUUCAUAUUCUAACAAUGAAAAUGGAGACUGAAUUAAGGUUUCGGAAAUGUGCUCCUAUGUUUCAAGUCAACCUACAGCUAACCAUACCAAAUAGUGUGGCUGGUUUAACGAGAGAAGGGAGGGGUCUGCAUGACAUGUCCCCAUCUCAGCUAGAUCUCACUUCACACUGUCUGUGACCAACAUCAUUGAUUAUUUGUAAAGAACUCCUUGAACAGAUCUUCGUGUUGAUACAAGAUACAGUUGACUGUUGUGAGAAGAAGCUCAGUGAUGUGUUCAAGUCGUACCACAGCUUUGAAACAGAACAUUUGAAACCUAAUAUAUGUAAUCCGUUCAAUCUCCAAGCAAUGCCUUCAGCAGUACAAUAAAACAGUUGAGAAAACAAUUCCCACAGUUAUAAUUGAAAAGCAGGAGGAUACAGCCUAAAAUUGUUUACUAACAGACUGGGGGAUGGGGGUGGAAUAAACAUUCAUUGCUAGGAAUUUGACAGCAGCUAAUCCAAAGACACAGUCUUCACUGACAUGAUAAUGUUUGUUAAUAAAAGUUUUAUUUAAUCUGAAUGUUUUGAUUUUGAAACUAGAAUAGAUUCUAUAUUUAGAAAACUAUGUUCUAUUUUGUUACAAAUUUGCUUCUUUUUUUUAUUAUACAAUCAUUUAAAAAAUAUUUGUGUAAUCAAAGUUUUUCACUUGCUGUCACUUGGUCUGCCGAGAGAGAAGAAAUGGCUUCACUGAAUUGUUAUUGAAACAAAUUAGUGAGAAAGAAUAACUAACAUUCUUAAUAGAUAAAACAAAAAAGACUUCACUAGUUUCCAUCAUAGCCCAAAGUUAUCAACUUCUGUUGUUAUUUAACCCAAGGUCAGCAUUGACUGACUAAACUUAUAAUCAAAGGCUUUCCAGUGAUGCCUACUCUCUCUCUCUCUCUCUCUAUGGUAGAAUGAGCUUAUUCAAUGUGUUCUCCCUGUUUUUUUGUUUUUUUUAAGAUAGUAAGAUAUAAUUUGAGAGAAAUUUAGCUGCUAUUUAUAUCAGGUACAGGCCCCUUAUUGACUCUUGGUUUGUAAAUGUUACUAAUUAAAAGAAACAAUUUGUAAUGAAGAAAACUAGUUUGGAAGGAAAAUCAUUUUUGUUCUCUAAACAUUUUAAUGAUUAAAAAGGAGGAAUAAAUAAAAUCCAGGCAAAAAUUGGUUUAGCUAUCAUGUAGGGUGGGCGUUAUUGGAGAUUGAAAGCUUAAAGACCAGAAUUAGUUGACCAAAUAGACAAAAACUUUAAUUUUCAAAUGAUUUAAGGAAAGAAGUCCUGAUGGCCAGGGGUCAGAAUAUAUCUUUGAAAUAAGGGUUUCUGGAAUCCCUAAUUAUUAAUCACAGUUUUAUCUCAAUGUUUAUAACUAUUUCAUUUCAUCAAAUGUUCAAGAUGUAAUUUUCCAAUACUUUUCUAUAACACUCACAAUUUCAUUUUAAAAAGUAAAAUCAAAGAAUUAGAUGUUUCUCAUAAAACAAAAGAGAAUUUUGUAGCUUUUAAAGUUCAAUGAAGAGCAAACUAUGUUGAGUUCCAUUUUGAAUUGCAAAAGAAUAAAAAGCAUAUCCUUAUUUAUUUCCUGUAGCUUUUCUACACCCUUUUAGUGCAAAGAAAUGGACCCAGAGUUUCUACAAACUGUGGUCUUCAUGCAAUAAUAGGGAGAGCAAAUCCAAGAGCAGAAAAUAAGGACAAAAAUUGGAGCCAUGAUACAUGGUGCUUUGUGCUUGGGUUUUGUGCAUCAAAUGUGAUUCUUCAGAAGUUUUUAUAAAUCUAAAUCCGUGAGAAAUAUAUCAGAUCUGGAUCAGAGCACAGAAUUUAUAUAUUUGUGUUGAUUCACCAUGAAGCAAUAAAUUACAGAAUUCAAUAAAUAGAAAUAAGAAUAUUUUUUAACAUAUUUCUGUAGACAAUUCUGUUCUUUUGUGGAGUGUUUAUUAUUUACAUUUGUCAGAAAACUAAAUACUUGGUUCACAAAUUUCUUGAAUAGAUUAUUAAAAGUGCUUUAAGUGUACAACUACCAUUAACCUAUGUGACAAAAAAACCUAAAUUUGUGUCUGGCCAGCAGUCUGUCACUUUUAUAUUGUAUAAUCUACAGAUUUUGCACCAUAACCUUCUCUCAAAACAUUAAAAUUCUGCAUUAUAUUCAUAUAGCUUCAUGUGUUUUUUUUAGUGUUAAUCAUUCAACUAUGAGGCAAAUGUACCAGAUUAAAGUUCCUUGCUAAUUUGGUGACAAAGAAAUUGUUGAUUGCAUCUCUGGUCAUUGCUCUCUGUUUUGUUUUGAGUCACUGGAGAGACGAUAUUGGCAGUCUGGCUCUAGAUCGGUUUCUAAUGCUUUUCAAAAGAUGCAAAAAAUUUCUUGUAAAAUACAACUUUUCUUUCUUUUUUUUUUAGUUCUUUAAUAAUUUAAAUUGGAGAACUGCUUUCUGUCUUGUUAUGUAUUAUUAUAUCUGUAAUAUUUUUAAUGUUUAAAAAUGAUUGAAACCCCAAGUCCCUUUUGGCCUAUAACCUUCACUCAUGGAAGCUGUAUGUAACCAGAAACUUUCUCUUAAAAAUGAAUGUCUUCCUUGGAAACUGCUAAAAGCAAAAGAUCAGUUUUCCUUUUGACCAAUUGUAAAAGAAAGACAGCUUGCUUUAUUAUUAUUCACAGUUGUCGGUUGCUGCUUUGUUGAUUUGGUCUUGCACUCAGCAUUUUAUGCAGUGAUAUUCUUGGUAGAUUCCAUUAAUGCUUUUUUUUUUUUCUCUCCUUAAUCCAUAAAACAAACCAAAAAUACAAUUGUUAUUGUUUAAAAUCUGCAUCAGUUUAGUGAUUUGAGAGAGUUGCCUGUGAGGAAUGCAAAACCCUGGGCUGCUUAAUUGACCAUUGAAUGCUGGUGCCAUUGCAAUGUAUAUUAAACCUUCACCAAGUGGCUCCAAUGGUCUUCAUAUUUCUAUAGAAACAUUUCAUUUAUCGAUGUUGCCUUUAUUUCUCUGUGGCUGAGUGGCAUUGAGUUACAAUGAAGCCCUUUGAUUCUCGCUUAUUUCUCUGCUGUGCUGGUUGUGUCUGCAUCAUCAAUAAAUAGAUCUGUUUUACUGCUUGUACUUCACAAUAAAAUAAACUAAAAUCAUUUUAAA